CAAAGCAGCUCUCAGCUCCUUGUAAGAGUUUAUGACCAUGGACGGAGCCGGCGCGGGACGGACCCUGUUCUCUGGAUUUAUUCUCCCUAAAAUAUAAAAAUAUUGAUUAUUGAUUUUCAGAACUCAAAAGAAGAGAAGCUAACGUUCACAUGGAGCUAUAAUGAUUUGUACAUCUGCAGUCUCUGGUCCGAGUAGCGGAGUUUUCUUCUGCCGAACUGGACUAACAUACACUCUGUAACAGACAGCUCAAUACACAGAAGGACUCAGAGAAGACUGCAGACAUCAUGUCCUCUGUCAGUCCGCCCUGCAGGCAGGAGAGGAAGGGCAGUUUCUUCAAGCUGAUCGACUCAUUUGCCUGGGAGCUUGGCACCUUGAAGAAGGAGCUGGGGAAACAGCCUAAGCCUGCAGAGGAGGACCACAGCACAGAUCCAGUCUUCAGGCUGAGUGAAGAGGUGCGGGGUCUCUUCCUGCAGCCCUCACCCUGUGCUGGGAUCAGAGCAGGACCAGCUGGAGCCAGAGAUUCGGGUUACGACUCUCUCCACCGGCGGCUCAGUGUUCUGGACAGGCUGGUCCACACUCAUGCUGUAUGGUUACAGCUGAGCCUCAGCCACCAGGAUGCCAUGCUCCUCCUGCAGAACCAGGAGGCAGGGAUGUUUGUGGUGAGGAGGUCAGCCAGCCUGCAGAGAAAGGUCAUAUCUCUACGUAUGGACCAGGACUCUGAAGAACCUGUCAGAGACUUCCCUGUCAGGGAGAGCCAGUACACUUUCUCUCUGGAAGGAUCAGGACUGAGCUUUGCAGACCUUUUCCGUCUGGUGGCUUUCUGCUGCAUCAGCAGCUCUCUCUCUCUCUCUCUGUUUCUCAGGGACGUGUUGCCCUUCACUCUGAAGCUUCCAGACGUCAUCGCCUCAGCCACAACGUCUGCAGACCUGGAGGAGGUCGCUAAACUUGGACCAGGCUUCUGGGACACUCAGCUGUGCCGCAGAAGGAAAGACUCAGUCCCAGUGUCAGUGACAUCAGCUCCUGACAGACUGCCCUCCCCUGCCCAGACAUCAGUCUCCUUGGCGACAGGGCACUCUCGGCUUCAAACUCGCACCCCAACUGAGCUCGAGUGUUGCCAGUCCAAUGGAGCACUGUGCUUCAUCAACCCCCUCUUCAUAAAGGUCCACCAACCACAGAGCGAUCAGAGCACCACCCCCGACCCCUCUGACACAACACAGCAGGGCCUGAGGGAGUACCCUGUCAUUAACAACAGGGACGGUCCUCAGGUGUGGAGCUCAGGUCUCAGAGACCUGCAGAGCCUCAGCAAGACUACAGACCUGCAGGACGACACCAGUCACACCAGCAGCAGUCAGAAGCAGAGUGCUGCAGAAGCUGUGUCCCGGUCCCCUCCCCCUCGUCCACCCCCUCCACGUUUUGUUUCGCGGUGCUCAGCCCCCCCUGUCCGACAGCGCAGCAUGCCAGAGAAGAUCUCCUGGAUCAACAUCCCCAAAGAGAAGGUGGAGGAGAGAGAGAGGGGCAGCAGCCUCCUCUCUCGUCUGGGCUCCUCACUAAGCAUCAGCCCCUCGUCCUCCCCCCCCAAGAGACUCAGCAUCAGCUCCCCCAUAUCCAUCUCCCGGCCCUCCCUGCCCCUCUCUCUGUCGUCCCUCUCCUCCUCUCCACGCCGGGCCAAGGCCUCACCGUCAUCAAGCCAGGAGGAUGCUCAGUGCCACCUGGCGCUGGAGGAGCAGACGAUUGAGAAGGCCCUUAUCAAGGCCAGACUGUCUCAGAGUUCUGGUACCAGAUCCAGCACCCAGGACUCCAGCAGUCCUCCACAACAGUCACUGAUGACAGCCAUGAAGCAGUCGGAGAUACCAGGAGGAGAAGAAGAAGCCAGUGAGGACUGCAGUGGGGGGGGCCAGCGGUUGAGUGACAUGAGCCUGUCCACAGACUCUUCAGACUCUCUGGACUUCUCUCAGUCCUCGGCCUUCUUCCUCCCCCCUCUUCAUGACCCCAGCCCCCCCACUACAGCUGACCUUAACACCCACCUCCCCCUCUCCAUCCCCCCGUCCCAUCUGCCUUACUGCAGCAUCGAGGAUGAUGAUGAUGACGACGAGGAGGAUGAAGAUGAGGCCGACUAUGGUGUCAGCCUUGAGAGCGACCAGGACCAAGACCAGGACCUGACCAUGGUGCCACCAGGACACCGCACCAAUCGACGGCCCAGUGCCGGCGCUCUGGUCCUGCAGAAGGCACUGCGAGGUCACCUGCGUAAGAUGAGCGGCGUCUUCAACUCCCUGCUGACGCCUGAGAAAAGGGCAGUCCGCCGGGUCCUGGAGCUGUCCAGGGACAAGGGCUCGUACUUCGGCUCCCUGGUGCAGGACUACCUGAGCUACAUGGGCGAGGGGGCAGGCACCCAAGCCUGGCAGGGCUAUGCCUCUGGACUGGAGCUGCUGCAGACCCUCCGCCAGUUCAUCACUCAGAUGAAGAGCUACCUGAGACAGAGCUCCGAGAUGGAGCCGCCCAUCGAGAGCCUGAUUCCUGAAGACCAGAUCGACCAGGUCCUGGAAAAGGCCAUGCACAAGUGCGUGUUGAAGCCUCUGAAACCAGUGGUGAGUGCCGCCCUGCAGGAGUUCCAGGUGCGCAGCGGAGAGUGGCAGGAGCUGAAGGAGAACCUGUCGCUGGCCAAGGCACGGCAGCCGCAGGACAUGGGGGUGGCUGACACUCUGCCCCCGGAUCAGGUGGCCAUAGAGAAGAUCAGACACAAGUUCCACACCAUGUGUAAACUGUACUCCCCAGAGAAGAAGGUCAGCACGCUGCUGAGGGUCUGCAAACUCAUAUACACCAUCAUGGAGGACAACUCAGGUCGUCUGUAUGGAGCUGACGACUUCCUGCCGAUGCUCACAUACGUGUUGGCUCAGUGUGACAUGCCUCAGCUGGACAAUGAGAUUCUCUACAUGAUGGAGCUGCUGGACCCCUCACAGCUGCAUGGAGAAGGUGGAUACUACCUGACCAGCGCCUACGGAGCGAUGUCCCUUAUCAGGAACUUCCAGGAGGAGCAGGCAGCCAGAGUCCUGAGCUCUGAAACCAGGGACACGCUCCACCAGUGGCACCGCCGCCGCACCACCCAGCGCUCUGCACCAUCCAUUGAUGACUUCCAGAACUAUCUGCGGGUGGCGCUGCAGGAGCUGGACAGCGGCUGCACAGCCAAGACUCUGCAGGUGCGACCGUACGCCACCGUGGACGAGGUGUGCCAGCUGUGCGCGCAGAAGUUUAAGGUUUCCGACCCUCAGGACUACGGCCUCUUCCUGCUGAUGGAGGGCAGCAGCCAGCAGCUCGCCCCGGACACCCACCCUCAGAAGAUCAAGGCUGAGCUCCACAGCCGCCCCCAGCCCCCCCCCUUCCACUUUGUCUUCCGCCGGGUGGCCAACAGCAGCACCCUGACAUCAGCUACACCUAACCUCAACAACCUCACUGUGACCUCUGACCCCCAGGACAACCUGAAUGACCUCAGCAGGGACCUGACGGGCUCGUCCCCCCAGUCCACUCUGAGUUUAGGACUGUGCCCAGCUCUGAGUCUCAGCCUGGCAGGGGGCGGACUGGAGGUUUGAACGGGCUCUUUGUGUCCCGGCUCUAACAAAUACAAGACUGAUAUAAAUCAGCAUAUUGAACAUUGUCUCUACAAAGACCGACUUCUCCUUCAAGUGGACUCGUCUGUCUCAGUCGUCAUCCGGCACUGGACAGUUCUUCAUGACAGACACGAGUGAACUAGGAAAGGAAGAGAGGAAGGAAGGAAACAGGAGAGAUGGAGUCUUUGUUUUUUUACUUCUUUUGACAUGAGAGCAGCUGAUGCUCUGACAGUGGAAACAGGUAGAGGUAGACAUGCUGUAAAGUGUUAAAGACCAUGUGGACUCUCAGUCCUGCAUUAAUGCUGGUGCCUCAGGGGCAGAUCCAGGGUCAGGUGUUAUUGAUGCUACCUGUGAGGUAACCUGAGAGAAAUCAGACACAUGUGAGUCUAAUCUCUGAUUAAUCACUUUAAUGUACAACAGAUGUAUUUAGGUGAUAUGUAUGCCUAUGAUUUACUCCUGACAGUUGCUGGUAAACUGUGCUGUUUUCUUCUUCAUGAACUCAAACUGUUAAUCCUUCAGAUUGUCUGUUUAGUGAAAUGUGGUGACACCCAGUGGUGCGUGGUGCUCACAGCAGUCUAAAGUUUUCCAACAAGUGGAACUCAGCUGUGCUAUAUAUAUAUACACCUUGCUGUAGCGUUCUCAGUGUUCCCUCCUCAUCAUUUACUUUAUCUGUAUGGAUGACCAUUAACUGAUGAUCCAGUUAUAUCAGAUCUGUGCUGUGGUGCUGGCUCAUGGUUCAUUAAACAGCAGUCAGAGAGCCACAAGUUGUGUCCCAGUUCAGGGGCCGCAUCCUUCAGAGGACAUGGUCUAUGAAGGUGUGGCCCUUCGUAGCCGUUGUAGAUCGCGAAAACUACGCAGCAUUUUCACUGUGCGUCACCAGCAGUUCCUGUCCGUACUGUUGCGUCCAAAGUACAGUUCCUGUCGCCUAGCAACCUUGACAACACACAACUUCCUUUUUUCACAUGAACUUGAGGUUUUAAGGCCCUUGGUUUUAACAGUUGUACCGUUAGCUGUUGAACUGAGCUGAAACCCAAUACUUACAUUUAACAGUGUAAUCCUCAGGCUCUCUGUCUGUUGUCUGCUUUCUUUAUGAGGAAUUGUGGGAUAGGUUGGACCACGAAGGAUCCACUUGUUGCCCAGGAUAAGAUGGAUGCAUUUCUUGGCCACAUUUUAAGGAGUCUUUGAAAUGGGACAGUCUAGUCGCACUACUGGGACAUAAUCGGUCUUCACAUGCAGCCUGUGAAGGAUGAGACUUGGGAUGGGACGAUCCCCACAGGCUCUGUAACUGAACAACAGUCCAACACCACCAAAGGUGUUUAUUGCAUGACAAAGAAUAAAAGAUCAUGAUCAACAACAGAAAAAACAACAGAGAGCUGAUGGGCGGCCACUCAGAACAAAACACAGUGGGUCAUAGGAUCUGAUGUCCUCCCUCUGACCUGAACAAGCACCAGCACUAACCUAAAACCUCAGCACAACUGCUGCAAGAGCCAAGGUCCCUGCCCCCUCUUUGUAGGUUUCCUCCCAAUUAGGCCAGACAUGGGCUGUGGUCGAAAAGUCUAAAUCUCUCUAUCUAAUCUUUCUCUCUCCUCUAACCAAUUCUCCUUGACCUCGAUGGAAAAUGUCACAAGGUCAAGGAAAGAUGUGAAGGAGAGUUCAUUAGGACCUAGGAAAAAAAUCUGACUGCAUUUACACUUGGAUUAUUGUUUUACUAACUUUAUUACACUUUCUAACACAUACAAUAAAUCCUCCUUUACUAACCACUGACACAAAACAAACAGGAGUCAAAUGUUGAAAUAAGAA